AUCCCUCUCGCAAUUCACUACUCACACUUUUACCGGCGAUCAAAAUCCAACCUCCCAAAAAAGUGUCCCAUCAGAAAUCGAAAAAUGCUACAAUCGUAAACACUCGCACUUCAAAUUAAUUCUAUACCUUGUCUUGAAUUAGUUUUCGAAUGGUGCCCGGUGUUUUGUUCUAAUUGACAAUGAAGUCGAUAAGCAUUGCAUUUAUAGUGACUCUUUACAUAGUUUGCACGCACAUAAACUGUAAUAGAAAUUCAAAUUACGUAGACAGCGUUGGGUUAAUCUUUAACAGAUCUUCGAAUUGGAGGGCUAAAACUGACCGUGCGGUGAUACCCUUAGCCCUAGAGGAUGAUGAUGAUAUUGCUUCUGGUGAUGAUUUGGAGAUUGAUCUUAUGGAGACUAUCACAGAUGAAGAUGCUGUAGCGAAGAAUUGUUUGAGGAAUAUCACUGAUUGCCAGAAAAGAGAUACUACCUACAGGAUUACAACUGAUUAUUUGAAUAAAUAUUUCACAUCCUCUAUUCCACCAUACGAUCUGAGCCUCAUCAAAGGAGUUAGUGCCAAAUGUAAGAAACAAUCUAGAAAGUUUAUGGAUGAUCUCGCCAAAUUCAAAUUCUGGGCUGUGAAAAUGCAUGAUGCGAAUGCGAAAAUUCCUUCUGGUCUGCUCAAUGGUAAUAUUAACCAAUUGGGAGAUUUCGAUCUUUGUCUUGGUGCUAAUUUGAAGGAGGAAGACAUAUAUGGCCAGUAUUGCUUAGCUUCCUUACAGGUCGAAACACCCGAUAGUCCAUAUAUAUCAGCGUUACAUCGACUUAUACACUCCCAUUUCCAUUUCAAAAGUCGAAUGGAGGAUCCUGGCCACAGAGUACCUAGAUAUUCAAGCAUAAAUUGGGCGGUUUGUGUACCAGAUGGCUGUUCUUCUGAAGACCUUGAACUUGCCCUGCAACAGUUUUUAAGUACCAUUUCACUGAAAACGGAGCUUAAAAUCCAAUCUCAAGUUCAAUCAUCAAUGUGCCAAACUUCCAGACCAAAACAAAUACCCCUCUCAUCUAUUUUGGGAAUGACAUUUUUAGCCUCUUUCGCAAUUUUCCUAGGAUUUGCUACAUUAUACGAUUAUAUAACUGUCGAAAAUGCAAUUGAAUAUAUCACUGCAUUCUCAUUGACGAAAAACUGGAAUUCAUUUAUAACGAUUAAGAAAGAUGACAAUAUCAAAGCAGUCCACGGUAUAAGGUUCCUCAAUUCUGUUCUACUGAUUUUAUCCCACAAAUCAAUGGCCACAUUUUUCGUACCUUUCAGUAAUAGGACUCAAAUGGUAGAGUUUAUAGCUCAACCAUGGACUGUCUUAGCUAGAGCUGCUAGCCUGUAUACAGAUCCUUUCAUAAUGAUCGCCGGCACACUAACAGCUCAUUCUCUUUUUGGAAAAUUGGAAAGGAACAACAAGAUCAACAUCAAAGAAGAAUACAUAAGUAGGAUAUUUCGCAUUCUGCCAACAUUUGCUGCUUUGAUAGCUUUUUGUACCUUCGUCCUUCCUUACAUGGAUUCAGGACCCAUGUGGAACCAAGUGAUAACCCAUCAUUCCGAUAUAUGCAAGCAAAACUGGUGGAAAAAUAUGCUCUUCAUCCACAAUUACUUUGGUUUUGGUGAAAUGUGUUUAACACAUACUCAUCACCUGGGGAUAGAUACACAGUUGUUUUUAUCCUCUCCUUUCCUGAUCCUCCUACUUUGGAAAUACCCAAAGAAGGGUCUUGGAGCACUCAUUCUACUGGCAACUGGAUCCACCAUUUGGCGUUACUAUGUGACAUACAGUAUGCGUCUCAGCAAUUAUAUCCAUUUUGGCACAUCAAUCGAACAGCUAUUCAGUACCGCAGAUAAUAUGUAUAUACUGCCUGUACACAGAGCUACUGUUUAUAUAAUGGGCAUACUUCUUGGUUAUUACUUAAGGACUCUAAAAAAUUUCAAACUAUCAAAACAACAAAUAAGAAUUGGAAAUUCGAUAGCUUUGCUCAGUUUUCUAGUUUCCUUUUUGGGGCCUUCCUUCAUGGGAAGCAUAAAUUAUGUUUACAAUCCUACUGAUGCCGCAUGGUAUGCUGCAUUCGCUCCAAUAUUUUGGUGUAUAUCAUUUGGUUGGAUAAUUUUCUCAGUUCAUCUCGGUCAUGAAGAUUUACUGGGAAGAAUAUUUUCUUGGUCAGGAUUUUCUCUUUGGACAAAAAUAUCUUAUACUGUAUAUUUAACACAGUUUCCCAUAUUUUUCUAUAAUGUUGGUACCAUGAGGUAUUCAGAUCAUUAUUCAUUCUGGAAAACAAAUAUUAACCUUCACGAGACAUUUGUGAUAGUUGCAGCUUCCACAAUUUUAACUCUUCUAGUCGAAAUGCCUUUCCAAAAUAUCCGUAAUAUCGUUAUGAAAAAAGAUAAAACCAUAACAUUCACGGAGAAUAAGAGUAUUGUUCAUGAAAAAAAAAUCACAUAACAUUUAUGGGAAGACCUAAAGUUACUUAAGGAUUUUAAGAAUCAACCAAAUGCCAUAAUUCUAAGAAAACUAUAUUUUUCAUUGAUAGACCUGACUAUUUAUUUUAGGCGUAAUGAAAGGAGACAUCACAUCAACGGAAGAAUUGUGCAAUGGUGUCACUUUGGUAGAUAUUAGAAGUGGUAUAUAUUUGCUGUGAAUAAUUACUGUUUGUUCGAAAGAAAGACUGCAGUGAACAUGAUAGAAACUCUCUUACUGUGGAGAAUUAUUUUUCAAUAAAGCAUUAAGAUUU